CGAGAAAAAACCUUCAAUGUUAUUUUCGAAAAAUGCGUUCAGUAUCUACACAGACAUUAAAGCUGCAGAACAACGUCUCGGACUACGAAAAAAUGUUCAUGUUCCAACAUCAUCUUUGACCAAUUUAUGACAGUUCCAGCAAACCAACAACAAUUUCUUGCUAACAUUUAUAAUAAAUCUCGUUUCAUUUUCAUAUUAAGUGACCACUGAAAAUAUCGCAGUUAAACAAGCUCAAAAUGACGCUGAUGUCCUCAUAAAUGAAACGGCAAUUGAACAACUCAAUGCAACAAACACAACUGUUGUGGUUGGUGAAGAUGUUGAUUUGUUAGUACUUCUUACUGCACGGACUCCAAUUGAUAAAAUUAUAUGCUUCCUAAAACCUGGAAAGACUCAACAGCAAACAGAAAUAUACUCUUCAAAAAGUUUAUCUACUUAUCCAAAAUGCCAAAACCAUAUUUUAUUUUUACGUGCGAUAACCGGCUGCGAUACUACGUCAGCAAUGUUCAGCAGGGAUAAAACAUCAGUAUUAAAACUAUUUGAAACAAUGGAUUUAAUUGAUUGCGCUAGAGUAUUUGAAGAAAUUGACUCUUCUCACCAAACAAUAAUCACAAACGGAAUUCGUUUUCUCUUUGCUGUUUAUGGAGCUCCAAAGAAAAGUAUAGAUAUUUAACUUUUAUAAAAAAUACACGGAACAAGAAACAAGAACAACUACCUUGUCUUCCUCCAACAUCGGCUUCUGCUCAUCAAAAGUUGUAUCGAGCAUUCUAUCAAGUUCAGACAUGGCUAGGCAAUCAACUAAACCUCAAAGACUGGGGUUGGAAACUAACAGACAAUAUUUUGGAACCGUUUCAAACUAUCCGGAAAAACUCCUAAACACUAUUUUUUGCAAUGGUAAAAAAGAUUGUAGUGCUAAAUGUGGCUGUAGAAGAUUAGGGUUGUCGUGUUCACCAGCGUGUACUAAUUGCCAAGGCCAGUCUUGCUUGAAUGUUAUGGACGAAGAUUCGUUUGUAAUCGAUGAAGAGACUGCUAAUUCAUCUUUAGUUGAACAAUUUAAGGACAUCCAGCAAGAAGAAGAAGAAGAAGAAGAAGAAGAAGAAGAAAUCGAAGAAAACAUGACUGUUGAAGUAGAAUUUGAAGAGUAUGAAUCAGAUUAA